AUGUGCAAAGCUUGUGCUGCAAGUGACGCUGUUAUAUCUGAAUUGAUAUUUGAAUUUGACAACCUAGCAAAAUACAUGAGAGACCAUUGUACUGAAAUACAAACUUUCUUUUGGAUGAACCCGACAGGUGGUAAAAAAUUAAGGGAAUCCGUUAGUAGGAUUAAUAAGUCCUUGAAUGAUUAUUACAAGAGAGUAAAGGGGAAAUGCAAUGGAAGGACAUGUAAAAUGUUUUCAUCAGGUAUUGACAGAAGAAGCAUUCUUCAUGAAUUUACGGAACACGACAACAAUGGGUCACCCUUUCUAAUGAAUUUUUUGAAUAUUGCUAACGAUUUAGAAAAUGUUAACGCGUUAGGAUUGUUAUACGAUGAAGAGUUUGAAAAACAUGGACAAUUACUUCAAAACUCAAUUGAUAGCUGUUUGUCACGAGUGUUAGUAAAAAGAUCGGGCGUUGAAAAGGUGUAUUCUCUUGACAAAAUAAAUAUCAAUUUAAUAUGUGAUCCUAGUACAGAAAGGGGCACAUUAAAUAAAACUGUAUUACACAGUUUAAAAAAUAAAGCAAAAUUAUUAAACAAUCUUGAUUCUAAUAACUUUUUAAAUAAUGAUGUGAUAACCUUUAAAGGAGAAAAAAGAAAACGAUUAAAGGAUUUUGUGAGGCACCGAUUUCAGUCAAAACUGUCGAAGGAAAGUAAUCAGGAUGUGAGCAGUAACAAUAUAAUAUCAAAUUUUAACAAAAAAAAUAAUUCAAUAAAUUUCCGACAACGACGGAAAACAAAACCUGUAGUAAAUGUAUUAUUAUUGAAAAAUUAUCCUUCUGACAGUCCAAAUAGAAAUGUAAAACAUGAUACUGUAAGAAGUUUGACCACCGUAAAUCAGUAUAAUUUUAGCGAUCACGACUCACUAGUACAUAGCAUGGGCAAAUUGUUUAAAUUACUAGGCAAUCCUGAUAUUAAGGCCUCCACUUCCAGACAUAAGAACAAUAAAAGUUCCCCUAAAACUAUACAUAAAUUAACAACGAAUAAUACGAAACAUGCUAGCCGAAAUAAAUCUACCACAAACGUAUUGCACACUACAAAACACAAUAAACCAAGUGCUGCAUCAAAAGCGAUUUAUAAGACGGAAAAAAAUAAAAUAAUAAAUACUGUUAUGGGCGUAACAAAGCAUUUUUUGAAUAAAUUAAAAUAUAAAACGCAUGCCACGGAACAUUCUGAACGACAUAUAAGAAAUGUUACCAUAGAUACGUAUAACGAACCAACUGAUUUGAAUUCACAUAAAAUUUCAAGUGUAACAGAUAGAGAUAAUCCUACCAUAAUAAUAUUGGAUGAAAAUUUGGAGCACGUUGGCAAGUCUAAAAAGGACCAAAUUAAUGAUGAUGAUUUGAGAAGUCUUCUCUUUUCAGUUUUAAAUUAUAACUCUAAAGUUUUAAAUGAUGAAUGGGUUCGAGCAGCUAAUUCUGAAGCGACCGCUGGCAUACAAAAAAGCAAAGACUUAGCCAUCUCUAAGAAGUCGGUGAAUAAUAGUAAAAAAGGAUUUGUUAAUAAACUUGCGGAUAAAUUUUUAUGGAGUAGAAAUGGCGAUAAGAAAAAAGAACGGUUUCAAGGACACGGAAUAUUGACACCGUUCAGAAAAAUCGAUACAAGUAAGGAUAAAACAACAGAUUUGUCCAAAUUUAUAUCCCUACCUACUUUUACCACCAAAUCAACAGCAAAGAUCGGCGGCAGAAACAUAACUAUAUGCGAUAUAUCGUCCACUUUAGGCCAUAUCUUAAAUGCACAGAAGACUAUGGCCGAACCAGACUUUGAAACAUAUAUGAAGAAUAUCCAUUGCUACAAAUAUAGUGUUGUGCCAGAAAAGUUCUUGAUAAAGUUUAAUAGAAGAAAGAAGCAUUGUAAAAAAGAUGCAAUUAGUUCGAAUUACGAGAGAUGGCGAAGGGACUCGAAGAUGGAACUGUAUGAAGAUGAUGGAUUACCUGAGUUGGACGAAAGUGAAGGUCCAGAAGAUAAGCACCUUUACGAACUCCAUGAUAACAAGGAGUUAUUUGAGGGGUUUGUAAGGGGUGAUCAUGGAUUAUAUCAGCAGGCUCCAAGACGGACGAAGAGACAAAGCGAAAGCACAAUAGACGUAUUAACAAACUUACCACCUCUAAAACCGUUAACGGACGAAGUUUUUGCUAUGACCGGUGAUUCUAUAGUUCUUGACUGUUAUCCUUCAGGAUGUAAACAAGAAGAAAAACAUCAUUUUUGGAUAGCAGGAGAUAAACUUAAUAAUUUAGCCAAUUUAACGAGACUUAAUAUAAAAAAUAUUCGGAAAGAGGAUUCCGGAGUCUACGUAUGCUAUAAUAAUGACAAUAUGAUUGUGCGGCGUGUCAAAGUGAGCGUGAUGGAUGUUCCCAAGUUUAAUGUAGUUUUCGCGACGGUAUACGAAACAUCUACGUCAUGCACUUAUAAUGAUUUACGAGCAAUACAAAAAAUAGGAGAACUGAUGAGUCAAAUUAUAUGUGGGAAUUUUUGUUCCAUAAGAAUUGAUGAACCCGUAUGUAUGAAAGAUAGGAAAGACGAAUCGUAUCUCUUAAGGACUCUAACAGUUAUUUUUCCACAAUAUCCAAGUAUAAACUGUAGUAUUGAAUGCCAGAGAAAUUUCAGAAGUUCAAUGUCUGUAUUGUACGCGAAAAAUGCACCCAUUUUGGCGUCAAUACCCGUUAUGAUAAUGUAUCACGGUGGUUCAUUACCAGAAGAAGUGAAAACUUGGACACCAUCAAUGCAAGAACACAAAGCAUUUGUUAGCCAUACACUUAGGACGAGUGAUUCCAACGGACACAAUGAAUACCAUUCGUUGGCAGAUACUGACCCUGGGACCAUACAUGUAGUUGUUGCAUGUCCAGCUGGGUUUUUCUUGGUUUCAAGUCAGAAGAUUUGCGGUUUGUGCCCAUCAGAUACAUAUUCUAUAGAAGGUGGAAACUCUUGUGUAAGGUGUCCAGAUGGUACAAAAUCGGAACCAGGCUCGGCCUUCUGUCAUUUAUCAUUGGAUCGCUUAGCGAGGUCUAUUUGGACUGAUAAUCCUUGCGUAUCACUAAAAGUGAUUUGUGUAAUGGCUAUGAUAAUCAUAUUAUUGAUUUAUUUAUACCGUCACUUCGCAAACUCAGAAAAAAGCUCAAAGAAAUCUAAUCAAAAACAACCAAAAAGUCGAUCGCCUAAAGGUUCAACUGAUCAUGUUGCACCGCGAAUUUGGAAUAAAAGUAGCCCUCCACUACCACCACUCGACUUUUAG